ACGGUGUAUGAGGCAUAAUGACGAAUGCAAGUUUGACAACUGUACUAACCACUAUGCUCAUCAAGGAGCAUUGUUAGCUGAUAAGUUCCCACACCGGGCACCCGCAGCCCAGGCAGCGGCCAACAGGAAAUAAGCAUGGCUGUUGCUCUUUCUCUGUUUUCCGCCAAAAGCCUAACCACCGCUGCUACCGUCUCACCAUUUCCCGACAACCCUAAGACCCUGAUAUUAGAACAAUGCAAAACCAUCAAAGAUUUAAACCAAAUCCACGCCCAUGUGAUCAAAACCGGUUACCUUUUCAACCCCCGAGUCGCCGAAAACCUCCUGGAGUCUUCCGCCAUCCUUCUCCCCGGUAGCAUGGAUUACGCCCUCUCUAUCUUCCGUGUAAUCGAUGAACCCAACCCCGCUGCUUACAACAUCUUGAUCAGAGGUUUUACAUCAAAGCAAUUCCCUGAAAAUGCAUUGAUGCUAUUCAGGCAAAUGAGAGAAGAUGGAGUCCUACCCGAUAAAUACACAUUUCCUUGCAUUUUAAAAGCUUGUUCCAGACUGCGGGCCUUGGAAGAAGGUGAGCAAAUCCAUGCGCAGAUAGCGAAAUUCGGUCUCGGGUCUUAUGGGUUUGUUCAGAACACUUUGAUACAUAUGUAUGCAAAUUGCGGGGAGGUUGAAGUCGCUCGUCGGGUGUUCGAUGGAAUGUUAGAGAAGGAAAUAAUUACUUGGAAUGCCAUGUUCGCAGGGUACACUAAGAGUGGGCACUGGGAGGAGGUCGUGAAUUUGUUUGAUAUAAUGCUCAAGUCUGAUGUUGAAUUUGACGAGGUUACACUGAUUAGUGUUCUUACCGCAUGCGGUAGAUUGGGGGAUUUGGAAUUGGGGGAAUGGAUUCAUGAGUAUAUAGAGGCGAAGAAUUUGAAGGGGAGUCUCAAUUUGAUCACUUCUCUUGUAGAUAUGUAUGCAAAAUGUGGUCGGGUGGACACUGCAAGGAAAUUGUUUGAUGAGAUGCCUCGACGGGAUGUAGUUGCUUGGAGUGCCAUGAUCUCCGGUUAUAGCCAAUCUAACCAAUGUAAGCAGGCGCUUAGUCUGUUUCACGAGAUGCAGAGGCAAAAUGUGGCCCCCAACGAGGUAACAAUGGUCAGCGUUCUCUCCUCUUGCGCAGUCCUGGGAGCCUUGGAAAUGGGCAAGUGGGUUCAUUCCUUUAUAAAGAGGAAGAGGAUGAAGCUCACCGUUACGCUUGGGACCGCACUGAUGGAUUUCUAUGCAAAAUGUGGGUCUGUAGAGUACUCAAUUGAAGUGUUUGAGAAGAUGCCCUCAAAGAAUGUCUUGACCUGGACGGUGCUAAUCCAAGGCCUUGCUAGCAAUGGACAAGGGAGAAGGGCCCUAGAAGUUUUCUCUGUCAUGCAGGAAAAAGAGAUUCAACCCAACGACGUGACCUUCAUUGGUGUCCUAUCUGCUUGCAGUCACGGCGGUCUUGUGGAAGAGGGUCGGAGUUUUUUCAUCAGUAUGAGCAGGGAUUUUGGCAUUGAACCAAGGAUUGAGCACUAUGGUUGCAUGGUUGACAUUCUUGGUCGGGCUGGUUUGAUUGAAGAGGCAUAUCAGUUCAUAAAGAACAUGCCAAUAGAACCAAAUGCAAUUGUGUGGAGGACAUUAUUGGCUUCAUGCAAGGUUCAUAAAAAUGUUGAAAUUGGGGAAAAAUCGUUUCAUCAACUAGUUACAUUGGGCCCUGCACAUAGUGGGGAUUAUAUACUUAUGUCAAAUGUUUAUGCAUCAGUUGGGAGGUGGGAGGAUGCGUUAAAUGUGAGGGGCCAGAUGAAGGAGAAGGGGAUUAAGAAGACGCCAGGGUGUAGCUUGAUCGAGUUGGAUGGAAUGAUUCAUGAGUUUUUUGCAGAAGACAGUGCCCAUCCACAUUCAAAGGAGAUUUAUAGUGCAAUUGAGGGAAUAAUGUCACGAAUCAAAUUAGCUGGCUACGUGCCCAACACAGCGGAGGCAAGAUUAGAUGCAGAGGAAGAUGAGAAGGAAUCGUCAGUGUCUCACCACAGCGAGAAGUUGGCCAUUGCAUUUGGUCUCAUUAGAACGUCACCUGGAACUACGAUUAGGAUAUCUAAGAACCUUAGAGUGUGCACCGAUUGCCACAGUGCAACCAAGUUGAUAUCAAAGGUAUUCAAUAGGGAAAUUGUGGUCAGAGAUCACAAUCGCUUCCAUCAUUUUAGAGAAGGAAUUUGCUCUUGCAAUGACUAUUGGUAAGCCAAUCAAUCAUGUAGCCAUGUGUUAUAAGAAAUUCUUUCAUAAACAUGAAGAGAUCGAUAUAUAAUAGAUUGAAUCCUGUAAUGGUAUCGCCAAAAAGGCAAAAACCAAAAGAGUUUUGAAUCAUUCGAAAAGGUUGAGCAAUACAUGAGCUGCCAACCGCAUUUAGUGCCCAUUUGAUUG